CUUACCUACCUUAGGUAUACAGGGCAUCCCAAUGCCCGACGAUUCCAUUCGACCUCUUAUCCACUCUCGCUCGGUUUCUCCUGCACCGACCUUCGGAGCCCACAACAAUAUGAACAAUCUGGAUGUCGCCGGGGGAAGUUUGCGAAGGAAGGAGCGGACUUCAUGGGUAGUGACGAUUUCGUAUGUCUUCGACUGGGUCGUGCUCGCUAUCUUCGCCGCAGUCGGCUACGUUUUGGGGAAGAUCACUCCGAACAAACGGCCGUUUUCUCUGGAUGACCGCAAUAUCGCUUUCCCUUACACGGUCGAGGAGACUGUCCCAGUCUGGCUGCUGGUAAUCAUUGCCAUCAUCGCUCCGAUCUGUCUCAUCGCUGUUAUCUGCCUCAUAUUCGUCCCCGGUGCGACAGUCCCCGUCGGGACGCCAAAGUCGCUGAUCUGGAAGCGCAAGCUAUGGGAGCUACACACCGGCCUGCUGGGUCUCGCCUUGUCGAUAGUCGCGGCUUGGUUUAUCACCAACGGCAUGAAAAAUCUGUUUGGAAAGCCACGGCCCGAUCUCCUGUCCAGAUGCCAACCCGACCUUGAUAAUCUCCCCAACUAUGUCAUCGGCGGCACGAAGGGGUUACCAAUGGCGACAGCGGCUGGGCAGCUCGUGAGCCCCAGCAUUUGUAAGAAUCCAGACAAGCAUAUGCUGGAUGAUGGUUUCAGGAGUUACCCGAGCGGGCAUUCAAGUUCUUCAGCUGCAGGUCUGAUUUACUUUUCCCUCUUCAUCGCGAGCAAGUUCGCCAUUACAAUUCCGUUCCUCGCCCCGGCCGGCUUCGCCGACGCGUCCGCCUUUACCGCUUUCCCCUCGCGCACACGCCUGCCAAACAUCAGAGUUUCCGGCCCCAAUUCAUACGAGCUACCUGACCGUAACCGCGGCGCGCCGUCGGCAUCGACGCUGGACACAGCCUUGGGUAACAAGGGUAUUUCGCGGCACAACCAGACAAUCUCAGCAGUGCGUCGUCAAGCGGCCGCGCCACCUAUCUACCUUCUCUGCAUCGCGGUCGUUCCCUUCUUCGCUUCCGUUUUCAUCGCCGGCUCGCGGUGGUGGGAUUUUCGGCACCACGGUUUCGACAUCAUAUUUGGUUACCUCAUCGGAACCGUCACUGCUAUCUUUUCCUUCCGCUACUAUCAUCUGCCCAUCUCCAGCGGUGCUGGAUGGGCGUGGGGACCUCGCAGCCGCGAUAAGGCGUUUUGGGCUGGUGUGGGAAGCUUCAGCUACGCAACGGACCAUUUGCGAGGGACGUACCGAUCCGGCGACGAAGAGGAAGCCCUGCCGAGUGCUGAUCCAUAUGGCCGUGGCAGUGCGCUGAACGGCACCACGGAUCAUGCUCCAUCCUCACGCAAGGCUGCGGGUCCGGAGGGGAGAGAUGUCGAAUAUGCUGGCGAUUCGAGGAUCUAAAAAGUGUUGUGAUAAGUAUGUUAUCUAUUUCGAUAUGAUUUGGGCAGCCAGGUGGGACUGGGUAUCUCACUGCCCUAGGGAAGGUUCGACGAGCUCAUUCGAGAGUGGGAAAUGCAUGGGCAUGGUGGUCCGGCGUUUAGGGAGGCCAUUUCCAACGUUAAAACACAAUACAGAAGCGGGCCAGCGGAACAUGGCGUGGACUUCAUAGUUGAUUCUGGGUCGGUCUGUUCAGGUUCUGGCGGGACAAAUUGAUCUUUGUCCAAAAUUUUAGUUCAUUUGUUCUUUCCGAACACUCGAU